AUGCCCCCAGUGCUUUCCAUACUUUCCCCUUCUGCUCCGCAUCAGUUCCCCCUCUCCUUCCCCUCUCCUCGCUGCUCCGUUCCUCUCCUCGCUGCUCCGUUCCUCUCCUCGCUGCUCCGUUCCUCUCCUCGCUGCUCCGUUCCUCUCCUCGCUGCUCCGUUCCUCUCCUCGCUGCUCCGUUCCUCUCCUCGCUGCUCCGUUCCUCUCCUCGCUGCUCCGUUCCUUUCCUCGCUGCUCCGUUCCUUUCCUCGCUGCUCCGUUCCUUUCCUCGCUGCCCCGUUCCUCUCCUCGCUGCUCCGUUCCUUUCCUCGCUGCUCCGUUCCUCUCCUCGCUGCUCCGUUCCUUUCCUCGCUGCUCCGUUCCUCUCCUCGCUGCUCCGUUCCUCUCCUCGCUGCUCCGUUCCUUUCCUCGCUGCUCCGUUCCUCUCCUCGCUGCUCCGUUCCUCUCCUCGCUGCUCCGUUCCUCUCCUCGCUGCUCCGUUCCUUUCCUCGCUGCUCCGUUCCUCUCCUCGCUGCUCCGUUCCUCUCCUCGCUGCUCCGUUCCUCUCCUCGCUGCUCCGUUCCUCGCUCACCUCGUAGCACGCAGCAAUCCCACCCGUUCCGCAGUCACUGUCGUCCCGCAUUCUCACCCGUUGCUCUCGCACCCUCCUCACGCGAGAACGAUGCCACCGCGCUUUCUCACUCCCUCAAUCAAUCCCGUCCCUCUCUCACUUCCGUCCUUCUCUCACACCCGUCCCUCUCUCACACCCGUCCCUCUCUCACACCCAUCCCUCUCUCACACCCGUCCCUCUCUCACACCCUUCUCCCUCCCUCCCUUUCCCCUUCUCCUUCCCUCCUGCUGGUGAGUGCAGUGCUGGUGAGUGCUGUGCUGGUGAGUGCAGUGCUGGUGAGUGCAGUGCUGGUGAGUGCUGUGCUGGUGAGUGCAGUGCUGGUGAGUGCAGUGCUGGUGAGUGCAGUGCUGGUGAGUGCUGUGCUGGUGAGUGCUGUGCUGGUGAGUGCAGUGCUGGUGAGUGCAGUGCUGGUGAGUGCAGUGCUGGUGAGUGCAGUGCUGGUGAGUGCUGUGCUGGUGAGUGCAGUGCUGGUGAGUGCAGUGCUGGUGAGUGCUGUGCUGGUGAGUGCAGUGCUGGUGAGUGCUGUGCUGGUGAGUGCUGUGCUGGUGAGUGCAGUGCUGGUGAGUGCAGUGCUGGUGAGUGCAGUGCUGGUGAGUGCAGUGCUGGUGAGUGCAGUGCUGGUGAGUGCUGUGCUGGUGAGUGCAGUGCUGGUGAGUGCAGUGCUGGUGAGUGCUGUGCUGGUGGUGCUGGUGAGUGCUGUGCUGGUGAGUGCAGUGCUGGUGAGUGCUGUGCUGGUGAGUGCUGUGCUGGUGAGUGCAGUGCUGGUGAGUGCAGUGCUGGUGAGUACUGUGCUGGUGAGUGCUGUGCUGGUGAGUGCAGUGCUGGUGAGUGCAGUGCUGGUGAGUGCAGUGCUGGUGAGUGCUGUGCUGGUGAGUGCUGUGCUGGUGAGUGCUGUGCUGGUGAGUGCAGUGCUGGUGAGUGCAGUGCUGGUGAGUGCAGUGCUGGUGAGUGCAGUGCUGGUGAGUGCUGUGCUGGUGAGUGCAGUGCUGGUGAGUGCAGUGCUGGUGAGUGCUGUGCUGGUGAGUGCAGUGCUGGUGAGUGCAGUGCUGGUGAGUGCUGUGCUGGUGAGUGCAGUGCUGGUGAGUGCAGUGCUGGUGAGUGCAGUGCUGGUGAGUGCUGUGCUGGUGAGUGCUGUGCUGGUGAGUGCAGUGCUGGUGAGUGCAGUGCUGGUGAGUGCAGUGCUGGUGAGUGCUGUGCUGGUGAGUGCAGUGCUGGUGAGUGCUGUGCUGGUGAGUGCAGUGCUGGUGAGUGCUGUGCUGGUGAGUGCUGUGCUGGUGAGUGCAGUGCUGGUGAGUGCAGCGCUGGUGAGUGCAGUGCUGGUGAGUGCUGUGCUGUGGAGUGCUGUGCUGGUGAGUGCAGUGCUGGUGAGUGCAGUGCUGGUGAGUGCAGUGCUGGUGAGUGCAGUGCUGGUGAGUGCAGUGCUGGUGAGUGCAGUGCUGGUGAGUGCAGUGCUGGUGAGUGCAGUGCUGGUGAGUGCUGUGCUGGUGAGUGCAGUGCUGGUGAGUGCAGUGCUGGUGAGUGCAGUGCUGGUGAGUGCAGUGCUGGUGAGUGCAGUGCUGGUGAGUGCAGUGCUGGUGAGUGCUGUGCUGGUGAGUGCUGUGCUGGUGAGUGCAGUGCUGGUGAGUGCAGUGCUGGUGAGUGCAGUGCUGGUGAGUGCUGUGCUGGUGAGUGCAGUGCUGGUGAGUGCAGUGCUGGUGAGUGCAGUGCUGGUGAGUGCUGUGCUGGUGAGUGCUGUGCUGGUGAGUGCAGUGCUGGUGAGUGCUGUGCUGGUGAGUGCAGUGCUGGUGAGUGCUGUGCUGGUGAGUGCUGUCGUGUUCUUCUCCCCCGCCGUUCCUCCCUUCAUCAGUUCCUCCCUCUUUUCCACCCUUCCUCUUUUCAUCCCUUCUUCUGUUCCUCUUCAACUGUAUGCAUAA